AUGGCGGGACCACCGACCUCCCAGAACGCCAAGGGCCCGUCAGCUCUGAACAUGGCCCAGAAGCCGGCCGGUCGAACGAGCUACGAGCGUGAGGGCGGCGGUCUCCAGCCACCAGCUGCCGUCAGCGCGGCGGGGGGACGGACGCUCUCAGCAUCGGCGGCGCGGUCGGCCGCUGGGAGCUUCAACCCGUCCUUUGCCCCGGGCAGCUUCAGCUCCGAGCUGCGCAGCCAAAUGUCCUCCAGCCGGGCCGGCAGCCGCAUGGACGUCGGAUCCGUGUACCCCGGCAGCAUCAUGAACAAGGUCGACGAGGACGAGGACGACACGGCGGCGGCGGCCCAGCAGGCCCUCGUCGCCCUCAAGGACCGCCUGAACCGCGAGCUCAAGAUCAAGGAGGGCAGCGAGAACAUGCUCGAGGCCCUCAACGCGAAAAAGGCCAAGCAGACCAAGGAGCAGCGCCAGAGGGUCGAGGCCGAGCUCAGCGCGAGCAACGCCCGGAUCCGGGCCCUGAAGCAGAAAAUAGCAGACACCCACCGCACAAGGACCGCGCCGCAGCAGCAGCAGCCGACGACCCCGACCAAGCAACGCGAGAGGCUCCUGUCCAACGGCAUGAGGUCACCCCCCAGUCUCUCGAGGUCGGAUCUGGGAUCGGACGUGGACGAGUCCACGGAGAGCCCGACCUACGCGCUUACGGAGCUGCUGCAGGCGCUCGAGGUCGAGGGCAUGACGCCAGAGUACUAUGUGAGCCGCGGGAACCAGCUCGUCGACCUCUUCAAGAGGCACCCGACCCUCAAGUACGACCUCAUGUGGUCCGUGUUUGGGCUAAGGAUGCAGGUCAUGCUGAUGAGCGAGAGUCGGGAGGUCGUGGCCGCGGGCUACCGCAUGACACGAUACGCCAUAUCAGACCGGGCAUCUCUCCGGAAGAUUCGCAGUCUGAACACAGACUACGUCGUGGUACGGUCUCUCAACAACUAUCGCAAGGCAGACGUGGAGCGCGAGCAGGCGCUCAAAUUCGUGCGCGCCUUUCUUGACGUCAAGGAUGGCGUCAAGGAGAUCUCCCGCGCCAUUGUGCGCACCAUUGUGGCCAUCGCUGAAGCUGGUGAUGACCGCAGGCCCAAUAUGCCCGUCGCCGAGCAGGACGCCGACCGAUUACGACCGAUAUGUAUAGAGACGUUGGCGGAGAUCCUGGUGCGCGACCCCCGGCUACUACUCGCUUCAGGCGGCAUGGGCCCAUUGUCAGAGGCACUGGCAGAAGGAACCUACAAAGCGCCCGAGAGUCUCGCGGCAUCUAUUCUGUACCUUUUGGAUACCCCGAAGCGACGGAAAUUUGUGCAGCCUGGCUACGGACUCGACGUGUUGUUCACGGCCUUUACAGACCACAUGAUCAGUGACGACACUGUGCUCAAGCAGAACUCCAAGGCCAUCGCAGCAAGUCUCAAGUCAUGGUCUGGGCUCAUGUCGCUCAGCAUGUACGACUUUCGAGCAGUUCGCUCUCUCAUCAGCUGCAUGAUCCUCCCCAACGCGUCAAUAAGAGAGACGAUCUUGGACUUGUUCUUCUCGCUGCUGAGGAUCAAGCCGCCGGCGUGGGCUACAUCAUUCUUGGCCGGACGACGCCUCACAACGUACGGACGCGUGGCAAACCUCAAGGGCGCUAGCAGAGAAAGGGGCCCGUCCAUCUACGUCGAGGAGGAUGGCGGGGAGCAGAACUUUGUCGAGCACUACACGGCUCUGCUGCUGGCCGUCUUUAUCAAAGCAGACUUGCUCAAGAGCUUGCUCCACAUUGCCCAGACGGAGGAGGACCCCAUGCUGAAGCGGAAGACCACGCUCCUCCUGAGCGAGGUCUUGAAGCUGGCCAGCCGUUUACUGCCACCCUCGUGGAGCAGCGAGCUGCAGUUGCUUCCCGAUCUGUUCAACGCAGCGGCGAGUUUCAAGAACCAGGACUACCAUAUUGCGACGGGCGUCGUCUACCAGAUGAGCAGUGUCAGCCGCACGCUGUACCGGAGCACGCCAUCGGGGGCCAUGCCGGGGAUGCUGCCCAGCAGCAACAGCAUGAGCGAUCUGACAUUGCUGGAUGACCAACCCAAGUCCCAUGCCGCCGUCGUGUUUGACGAUGCCACGUUUCGACAGCUUCUCAUCGACUCUCGUGUUCUCAACCACUCGAACUGGUCCAAGUGGGACUGGGAUAUCAUAUUCAAAAUCAUUGACGGGCCGCUCCAGGUCGGCAAGCGCUUGGAGGAGGCGAUCAAAGCGUCCAAGUUCAUGAAGCGCAUCAUGAGCUUCUACCGACCGUUCAAGUACAAGUUCGCCGAGGUCAAGAACACACGAGGGACGCAGAAAUACGUCAAGGUGGGCUGUGCUUUGAUGCACGCGCUGCUGCAGUCACCAGAGGGCGUGAGGUUCCUGGCGGACAGCAAGCUGCUCAGGCAGAUUGCUGAGUGUCUCGCGCAAUGCGAUCCGACCAGUGGCCUCACAGCACAGUAUCCUAUGUUCUCCCCCGACCGCCUGCUCGACACGCUCUGCGGCGGGUACUUCCCGAUGCUGGGCGUGCUGAGUGGCGAUCUCCGGGGCCUGCAGCUCCUCGAGCGUUGGCGCAUGUUCAACAUGAUGUACCACAUUGUCGACUUGAAGCAGCGGCCGGACCUGAUCAAGCUGCUGCUGUCCAGCUUUGACUACACCAUGCAGGGCCACCCACGGGUGCUGCUGUCCAAGGCCCUCACCGCCGGCUCAAAGGACAUUCGCAUCCACGCGACCAAUGCCCUGCGUAAACAUGCUAUUCGGCCGACGCCCUCGAUCAACAGCCAGGGGGGCAUGGGCGAUUCGAAGUGGGCGAUCCAGCUCCUGGUCACGCAACUCUACGACCCCGAGGUGGACGUCUGCUCGACAGCCAUCAAGAUCCUGGAAAAGGCGUGCAACCGGAAACCGUCGCUCGAGUACAUUGUCGAGUGCCGGCCGUCCCUCGACCACCUGGGUGAGAUUGGCGCGCCCCUCUUGCUGCGCUUCCUGUCGACGUCCAUUGGGUAUCACUACCUCGAUGGGCUGGACUAUAUCAGCAACGAGAUGGACGACUGGUUCCUCGGCCGCAACGACACCUACGUGCACAUGAUCGAGGCCAGCCUGGCCAGGGCGUUUUUGGUGGAUCCGGAUGACCAGAGCCACCGGAUGAGUCUGUUUGACGAUGCCGACGCAGAAGCGGACUUUCACGAUAACCACGUGCCGCCUCACUUCUACCGAGAGCUGACUCGUACGCAAGAGGGCUGUCGCCUGCUGAACAACAAGGGCCACUUUGAAGAGUUCGCGUCGACGAUUCGCCACCACGGCAUGCAGGCCACGGACCCCGAGACGCUGCUCAAGGUCAAGGGCGCCCUAUGGGCCGUCGGCAACGUCGGCUCCAUGGAGCUGGGCGCCCCCUUUCUGGAGGGCAGCGACGUGGUCGAGCGGAUCAUUGCCAUGGCCGAGUCGCACGACGUGAUCAGCCUGCGUGGCACUGCCUUCUUCGUGCUGGGCCUCAUCUCACGGUCCACCCACGGCCUCGAGAUCCUGGCGGAGCACGGGUGGGACGCCAACACCACGCCCAUGGGCACGUCGCUCGGCUUCUGCAUCCCAAACGACCUGAGCAAGCUGCUGUCCCUGGUGCCGUGGAAGGCCGAGAACAUGGCCAACAUGAGCGUCCUCGACACGCAGUGCACCAUAGCGACGCCGCCCGCCGUCAGUCCCGCGCGUCCCAACAUGGAUCCGGCGGAGCGGCCGCCGCUCGUCACCGAGGAGGACAUGAACAAGCGCAUCCUGGAGUUGAUCGUCGACCUCGGGAACAUGGUGCUCUACAAGAAGGCGCUCGUGGAGCUGCAGAAGUUGCGGGCGCGGAAGCCGGCGGCCUUUAACCGCACCGACUUUUUCAAGGAGGUCAUGGGGUUGAUGGAGUGGAACCACUAUCGGCUCGGGGUGCGGCGGAUGGUGAUUGACCUGUUUGACAAGAAUGUGAUGCGGCGGAUUGUGUUUGACGAGGAGAGCAGCUCGAGCAGUGAGGACGACGACGACGAAGAGGAUGAAGAAGAUGACGAUGAAGAUGAAGACGAUGACGAAGAAGAGGAAGAAGACACGGAAGAAGAGAGUGGCGGCGGUGACGAAAGCAGCUCGGGCGACGACAGGACGGAACGCCAGAGGAGUAUCAGUGAGCCGAUGGAGCCCAAAGGCCAGAUGAUGCCUGCGCCGUUGAACAUACGACGUACGUAUGUCGUCAACUCGCUCAUCUCCAUCUGCUCCUUGACCCCUUCACAGUGCUCUGCAGACAUUGCAAACAUGGUCAAAGGUCGAGUGCUGGUGAUUGCCGGGUCCGAUCCGUCCGGCGGGGCAGGGCUCGAAGCCGAUCAAAAGGUCAUCGCGGCGCAUGGCUGCUAUGCCAUGACGGCUACCACGGCCCUGACCGUGCAGAACACGCAAGGUGUGACGGAUAUUCACCAUGUGCCCGUCGACUUUGUGCGAAAGCAGAUCAAUGCCGUCGUGGGCGAUAUCGGCGUCGACGUCGUCAAGACGGGUAUGCUGGCGAGUAAAGAGGUCAUCGAGAUGCUGGACGGGGUUGUGAAGAAGAACAAGUUUCCCCAGCUCGUCAUUGACCCGGUCAUGGUGUCGACGUCUGGCUCAACGCUUCUGCCCGAGACGGCUAUCGAGAUGCUCACGCGUCUAUUUUCCCAUGCCUCUGUCGUCACACCCAACAUUCCCGAGGCAAAUCUCAUCCUGGCGCAGUACAGCAAGGACUCUGUGAAGAUCAAGUGUGCGGAUGACAUGGUCACGCUGGCUACGCGACUCCAGAGGGCCAUGGGAUCCCGUUGGGUUCUUGUCAAAGGCGGGCAUUCACCCUUUGAUGCACACUUCAAAGUGACCGGCGAGAAUCUCAAGGUCGUCGACGUACUUGUCGGUGCGGACGGGACUGUCGAGAAGAUCGUGAGUGAUUGGCAGGAGAGCCAGAGCACGCACGGCACAGGGUGUUCCUUGGCUUCUUCCAUUGCCUCGAAUCUUGCUUCGGGAAAGGACAUGAUCACCUCUGUGCGAGCAGCCUGUCGCUACAUCGAGGCGGGUAUUCGAACAGCCCCUGGCUUAGGCCACGGCCACGGUCCACUGAACCACUUCCACUCGACAAAGGUCUUGCCUUUUUCUCCAAACUAUUUUAUCGAGUACCUCAUCUCGAGACCAGAUGUCAAGCCCAUCUGGGAUCGAUUCGUGCACCAUCCCUUUGUCAUGGCCAUGGGCGACGGCUCUUUGCCUCUUGAUUCUUUCAAGAAUUACAUGGUUCAAGACUACCUAUACCUUAUUCACUUUGCGAGAGCGACCGCACUUGGGGCGUACAAGUCCAAGAACAUGACGGACAUAAGUCGCGCGAGCGAGAUUGUCGCCCACAUUAUGACGGAGACGAAGCUGCACAUCAAGUACUGCGAGUCUUUUGGGAUAUCUCUUGAGCAGAUGGAGUCAACAGAAGAGCAGCAGGCUUGCACCGCAUACACGCGCUACGUCGUGGACGUGGGUCAGUCCGAGGACUGGCUUGCGCUACAAGUCGCCCAGGCACCAUGCCUGCUGGGCUACGCAGCCGUGGCCCGUAUGCUUCACGACCACCCCGAUACGAAGCGAAAAGACAACACGUACUGGGAGUGGAUCGAGAAUUACAUUGCCGAGGACUACUCAGAGGCUGUGAGGCUGGGUUCAGACCUUUUGGAAGAGCACGCAGCACUACAGUCGCCAACGAGGGUGGAGGAGCUGGUCAAGAUCUUUGUCCACGCUACCAAAAUGGAGAUUGGGUUCUGGGAAAUGUUUCCUCACAAAUAG